AUGAUUUGCAUACUCGCUGGGCUUCUUCCAUUUCCAAAUGGUUUUUACCAAAAUUUCCGAGAAUAUGUUGGUGCAGAAAUUACACUUAUCAACACUCUAAAUUAUCUCGGACCUCAAUUUAUAUGCGUUUUAAUGACUGUUCAUCGUGUUUUUAUCAUAUUCGCUCCAAUGAACAGAACUACAUUUUCUCACGAAAGGAUUUUGAUUUAUGGAACUGGAAUUUUGGCAAUUACUUUUAUUUCGUUGAUUAUCCCGUAUUUUAGCGAAUGUCGCAUUAAUUAUUCCGAACCGGAGUUGUCUUUUGCAUCAAAUUGCGCGCCAAAUCGACAUGUGGUGGGUAUUAGAGCACAUUUGUUGACAUAAGAUUUGUAGAAAAGUUUAAGUGACACUCUUGACUCAUUGUGUUACACAGUUCAGAAAAUACACGUAUCAGAGUGAUAUUUUAAUUGUUACGUUUCCAAAAACCUCAUGAUUGGAUUAGAUCGUCUAAGUUUUAUUUUCUCUAGAAAAGUACAUAUUAAAGUCAGGUGCGUAUUGAAGAAAAUAUCACGAGGAGUGAAACAAUUUUUUUGACUCAUUAUAAUUAUUGGGUUAUAGUUGGGAAAAUAUUAGCUUGUGAAUUCAUCAGAGCAAAUUUUCCUUCUUUGGUUUUUUGGAGAAUUUGGAGAGAACUCCGAGAUAGUAGACAAUUUCACUGGCUUCAAAACCCAACUCCACACUUGUAGACUUGACAUAUUCAAAAAGUUGGUAAUAUCUUCCCAUUCCGAACACAUGAAGUUCAACAGAGAGCAGUUCAGUUUUUUUAUUCACUAACAAACAAUUGACCCAAAUGGUGUAAUUUUGAAGCUUUUGUAAUACUUUAUUUUCAGGCAAAUGUUAUUUUCCAGAUAACUCUCAUACAAAAUAAAUACUUGAUAAUUCUCCCAGUCACGUGUAUGACAAUCAAUCUAAUAAUAGUUGGACAUCUUCGAGCAUUACGAGAAGGUCUCUACGAAUAUCUUCCAUUUUUUCAAAAAACCCGACCAGAAAUUAUAUUUCAUAUGUCAACUUUUAUGUCGAAUCAAACUCAAAACGAAAAUAAAAAACGAGAGAUAAAUAUGAUUCGACAAACAGUUGCAACUACAGUUUAUUUAUCACUUUAUGAAUUUAUCGGCUUGUUAAUUCGAAUGUUUCCGGGAGUCUAUUCAAAUAUUCCAGUCGAUCUUAGAUCUCUUAUAGUUUUCGCUCGAUUUAUCAUGGCUUUUCUCAUCAAUUUUUUCGUGUAUUUCGUGGAAACUAAAAAUGUUCGGAAAUCUAUUUUAAAAUAUCUCGGAUAUCAUGAUAAACCUCAACCUGUGACUUCUGUCAAAAAUUUGGAGCAAUGA